CAUCACUCAAAGAAGAAAUGGAAGCUGCUUUACGGUCAAUUGGAUCGCGAGCACAGCAUCAUAACACUCACAUCGGAUGACAAGCGGAAACCGGAGAGUUUGGAUCUGACCCGCUGUGACUAUGUCCCCAUCCACUCAAUGAUGCUAGAGUGA